UUAUCAAUUUCACAAGCCACUAUUUUUGUGUCUGGACAGAUACAGGGUAAUUUUGCUUUAAAUGACAGCAUUUCCGAUUUCUUUAGUAGGAAGAACCACCUAUGCUCUCAUCUUCAUGGUUCAUUUCUGAUGUUAAUUUAUAGCAAUGGAAGCAAGAUACCGACAGACAAGAAAAAAUGGAAGCAAUCUACAUCUGAAAUGAGAGCAAAGAACGACUGCGAAUCAUGUUAAUAAAUUAGAUUCAAGUCUCAAGGGUUUGUCAGGGCUCAGACACAUCGCACUAAUGGGCAAUUUCUAGGAACAUCCAGUGAACAGAAUUUCUUCCAUGUGAUCAGACAUGGGAUUGUGCUCUCCAGCCCUCUGCACAUAGACCAGCAAACUUUUUUAAAUGAAAGGAGGGAUUAACUAUGGGGAGCACAAACCAAUCACUUCAAAUAUUUCACUUUCUCCACAUGCUGGGCACUGGAGAACUUAUGUCAAACUUGCAACUUGAUGUAAGAGUAGAGCGCAAAAGUAUGGAGGGAAAAUCUUCCAUCAGUAGGGACUGAACUGAUCACCCCUGAGAGGCGGCUUUUACAGCAGGUCAAACUUUCACAUGUAUUACAGCUUGGCAUGAGCUCAAUUCUCAUUUACUUUGUUUGACUUGCUCCAUGUGCUAGCUGAAAACGGUUAGGCUUUUGUUGAUCCUGCACAAUAUUUUCCCUUUGCUGUAGGCUGAAGUCAUCCUGUUAAAUUUCAAUAAACCACACUGGAGUCCGGAAAAAUCAGCUGGUGUUCAAACAGAUCUGCUCUCCUACCAAAAAGGAACUUGCCACGCUGGCCAGAGGUCAUCAGCAGAGGUGACCAUGAUGGAGUCCCAGAAUCGCAAAAGAGCUCCAGCAUGGACCGAACGGGAGGUAUGGGAUCUGAUCGCUGUAUGGGGAGAGGAAUCCGUGCUAUCAGAACUCCAUUCCAGUUUUCGAAAUGCCAAAACAUUUGUCAAACUCUCCCAGGGGAUGAAGGACAGAGGCCACAACAGAGACCGGAAGCAAUGCCACGUGAAACUUAAGGAGCUGAGGCAAGCCUACCAGAAAACCAGAGAGGCAAACAGUGGCUCCGGGUCAGAGCCCCAAACAUGCCGCUUCUAUGAUGAGCUGCAUGCCAUUUUAGGGGGUUCAGCCACCACUACCCCAGCCGUGUUGUUUGACUCCUUCAAUAGAGAUGGAGGCAACACAGAAGCAGGUUUUGGGGACGAGGAAGAGGAUGAUGAUGAUGAGGAGGUUGUAGAUAGCUCACAGCAAGCAAGCAGAGAAACCGGUUUUCCCAACAGCCAGGAACUGUUUCUCACCCUGGACCUGGAGCCAGUACCCCCCGAACCCACCCAAGGCUGCCUCCUGGACUCGCCAGGCGGAGAAGGGACCUCUGCUGCAUGUGUUUCAAGGAUCACAGAAUCUUCUCCUUCCCAGAGGCUAGUGAAGAUUAGAAGGCGAAAAAAACGCACUCGCGAUGAAAUGGUCUCUGAGCUCAUGCUGUCCUCCCACACUGACAGAGCACAGACGAAUGCAUGGAGGCAGACAAUGUCAGAGUGCAGGAAAGCACAAAAUGACCGGGAGGAGAGGUGGCGGGCUGAAGAGAGUAAGUGGCGGGCUGAAGAGAGGGCUGAAGCUGAAAGGUGGCUGCAGUGUGAUGAGAGGAGGCAGGAUUCAAUGCUGAGGCUGCUGGAGGAUCAAACCAAUACGCUCCAGCGUAUGGUUGAGCUGCAGGAAAGGCAGCAGGAGCACAGACUGCCGCUACAGCCCCUGUGUGACCAACCGCCCUCCUCCAAGUUCCAUAGCCUCCUCACCCAGACGCCCAAGAAAGUGGUGGGGGGGCCUCCAGCCACCCAGCCACUCCACCCCAGAGGAUUGCCCAAGCAACAGAAGGCUGGCAUUCAAUAAGUUUUAAAGUGCUGUGUGGCCUUGUCCUUCCGUCCUCCACCACCCUUCCCGGUGCUUCUCUCCUCCACCACCCCUCCUGGGCUACCU